AUGUCUGAUCCAUAUCCUGCGCAAAGGUCAGGACACCGAAGGCAUAAGCAUCGUGACAGAGGCCAUCACGAACGCGGAGACUGGUACGCUGCGAGCAGCGAUACGCAUCCUAGCUCUUCUCAGUCUGGAUACCAACAUGCCGAAUAUGAAGAGCCCUUCGACGCAAACGCUUCGUUCCGUGGCGCGUCUUCAGCUCGCGAGGCGAGGUACACGAGCUCCCAGUUCAUUCAGGGGCACGGUCAAUCUCACUACAGCGCAUAUGCCCACGACGCCCGAGCUUACGAGGUCACACAGGAAUCAUCAAGCCCUCCUCGUUAUCCUGAGCGACAAUCCCGCGUAGCACGCCCAGAGCCACAGCGUUCCCCAUCCCCUCGCUAUCUUUCCUUGGCUGAAGAACCUUCUGCGACGCUUUCUGACCCCUCCAGCUCUCGCAAGUUGCUCAUCCUGGAUCUCAACGGCACGCUCGUGUUUCGGUCACCGCACGCCAGCAAAGCAAAGACGAGGGGCGGCUUCAACCGUGGUCAUGAACUGCCGCGUCUGCGCCCAGUACACCCGCGUCCUUACAUGCCUGCGUUCAGGUCAUACCUGUUUGCACCUCAAACGAAAGCAUGGUUAGAUGUGAUGAUCUGGUCCUCUGCACAGCCACACAGUGUCUCUAGCAUGGUGGACCGAUGUUUUGGCCACUGGAAGAACGAGCUGCUAGCGAUAUGGGCUAGAGAUACGCUAGGCUUGACGGAGGAUAAUUAUAGACGGAAGGUGCAAACUGUGAAGGACCUCAGCAAGCCUUGGCAGAACACCCCGCAGGCGCACUCAGCCCUUACGACAAUCCUUCUUGACGACUCCCCUCUCAAGGCUGUGCUACAGCCUUAUAACCACAUAUGCAUCGGAGAGUAUUCCGCAGAGCGGCGCGCCCAAGAUCUAGCAAGCCUUGAGCAGGAGCGUGAAUGGGAACUGUUCGUUGCGGCUAGAGCGCAAGUCAAAGCUGACGAAAGCGGCGACCGUGUGGAACUGAACUCGAAGAAGCGCCAGCGCAAGAGCAAACGGCAAAAGAAGCUCGAGACACUCGCGCACGACGCUGGUGUGACGGAGCCCGAGCGCCAGUACGAUGAGACGCUCCUGGCCGUCGUCGGUGUCCUUGACGCGGUGAAGCAACAGCGUAAUGUUGCAGCAUGGAUCCGAUCUGGUGGCCUGUGGCAUCCGACAGUGGAGCCUGUACCCGCGAUCACAAACGUACGGGAUGCUGUUAGUGGCCCGUCUGAGGGUGUGUUGGAGGACGCCGGAGAUGUUGUUGCUAAUCCAGGGAACGAUGCAGUCACCACAGUUGAAACAUCUGUUCCCGAACUGAAUCCCCCCUCCCAUGUCAAGGACGCCUCAGUGACAACGAUACCAUCAGACUCGAUGUGGUUUGAAGAUGUCAAAACUGUAGCAUACUGGGCGGAGCGCGGGCGCAGAGCCCUGGAAGGGCUAGGGAUUCCAGUGGAACAUGGAAUAGAUCGGUAG